AGGAAAUGGAGAUGAUGUAUAUUAUCCUGUUAAUUGUGACAUAUGCAAGACGCAUAUUGCCAUGUUUGAUCACGAAGAAGUAUAUCACUUUUUUAAUGUCAUAGCAUCAUGACGUGACUGUAUUUUCCUUUUUUGGCGACUCUUUGUCCCAGUCGAACAUGGUUAAUGUUUUCGGAAGCCGUUCUCUGCGUAGAUUACUCUUUUUCUGCAUAAUGAGUUGGAAAGGCUUGCAAAAGGCUGUCUCUAGACUGCCACACCAGAUUAUGUCAAAGAAAGGCGAUGUGACAAGAGACCCAGAGUACAUGGAACUUGAGAAACAAUUCAAACUACUUAGUCAAAACGCUCAAAGGCUGCAAACCGAUGCCGAGACAUAUCGCGAUGGAGUAGCAGCUAUGCUUAAUCACCAGGCCAGUUUCUCUGAAUAUUUGUCUAUCCUUUACCAACCAUUAGAUGCCGAGUUGGAGGACGGUGUAGUGCGGAGAAGGAAUAAUCAGACAUCUGCCAAGGCGGUACAAGCGGUGCAAGACUACGCAACUAUCAUGAGCUACAGUAGGGACGAAAUUAUGCCUUGCCUGGACGUCAUUGAUGCCCACAUUGUAUCCAGGCUCAUUGAAUUUCGAGAAAUUUUGAAAACGGUGGACAAGACGAUGAUCAAGCGUAAUCACAAGAUGCUCGAUUAUGAUCGAUUUCGAACGAACUUGGCGAAACUGAAAGGAAAGGCUGAAAAAACCAUCAGCGAAGAAAAACAAAUCUACAAGCUGGAAAGCCAGUUGGACAUCGCAACGCAAGAUUAUGAAUAUCUUAACGGAAUUAUCAAAGAAGAGCUUCCACGUAUCAUCCAACUUCGAACGUCACUGGUCGACCCGAUGUUCCAGGAAUUUUAUUUCCUGCAGUGCCAAAUUUAUGGUAUGCUUCUAGCGAGAAUGCAAGAAGUCAUCAGCACUAACGGACUGCACUUUGAAACGUUGACCAUGGGUGUCGAGGAAGGGUUCAACGAAAGGUUGAAUAAGUUUAAUGCCCGUACAGAGUUGGAGGAAUCCGGUUUACUCAAGCAAGGCGGAAGAGCUUGGUUGGGAGCAUCCGCUGCCAAGUCCUCCAAAUUGCCACUAAAAGAACGAGCACAAAUUCGGCGAGAAGAGAACGCCAAAGCCGCUGCAUCUUCCAGCGGAAUGGGUGGAUAUGGAAGCGAUUCUCCACCGCCACCAGCAUAUGGUACAAACCAAAGUCACGAAGUAGUAGACUCAACCCCUUAUCAAGCAGACUCUAAACAAUCAAAUUCCUACACAAACAAUGCCUAUUCUCCACCACAAACAGGAUCUCCCGGCCGCACUUACGUUAGAGCUCUGUAUGAUUAUAAUGCUCAAGCAGAAGGCGAUCUUACCUUCGCUAAGGACGACCUAAUAGAAGUCAUACAGAAGACAGCUGAUGUGAAUGACUGGUGGACCGGAAGUCUAAAUGGUGCCACUGGUGUAUUUCCAGGAAAUUAUGUUACCGAGGCAUAACGGGUUGCAUCUCCUCAAAUUC